AUGGUUGCACAGCUCUUCAAGUUUGUUAAAGGCAUGGAAUUGAACCCUGAAAAUGGGGGGAUCCUGCCCGAACCCUCCAUCAGUGCUGAGCCAGGACCUGUGAUCCCCCAGGGACAGCCUGUGACCAUCGUGUGCCGGGGCCCAGCCUGGGCUGACCUAUUCCGUCUGGAGGAUGAGAAAAGAUCUGUCCUUGGGGAUCAGAUUAUGGUGCCUCUACGUGGCUCUAAUGGGACAGAGGCCAGAUUCCACAUCUCCGCAGUGAAGAGCACUCUGGGGAGUUAUUUCUGCUUCUACCUUAAAGGGUCCAGCUGGUCUGAGCCCAGUGAGAUCCUGGAGGUGACGCUGGCAUAUGAGGAUGUCUCCACUCCACCCUCAGGGCUGUCAACAGAGCAUCUUUAUAUUCUUGUUGGGAUCUGUGUGGCCUUUCUGCUUUGUCUCCUAAUAUUGGCCCUUCUCUUAGUCCACUGUUGGCGUCAGAAAAAAGGUGGGACCCCCAGCAGCAAGGAUGAGGAGCCAAGGCUCCAGGAGAGGCUCAGCCCGACAGUUGACCUCACAGAGAGCUCAGCAGAUGUGGCCACCACAGUGGAUGCACUUCCUGAGGCAAACGGAGACAUGGACAGCCCAAAAGAAGACGAAACUUGCAUGCCUGUUACAGGGAGAAUCGAGAGUCCAGGACCAGGCAACACAGUCACCCUAGAUUCCCUGUAUGUCCCUCCUCAUGUCCCUCCAUCCCAGAUCCUGCUGAUUUCCCUCCAUGUGUCCUCACAUGUCCUCACGUGUACCCAUUUCCCUGCUGGGGACUGUGUCCCCAAUCUGAGCUCCUUCACUCACCCCUCCACAGAGGCUAUUGGGGUGUCCAGGGGAUUCUCGCUGCCACCACUGCCCUGUCUGUCCUGCAGGUGAACUUAGAGAAAUAUUGAUUCUUUCCAUUGGAAACCCUUAAUUGGUUGGACUGAAGGUGCAUCAGAUCCCUUAUCAAUGUGUCUCUUCUGGCCGUGUCUACCUCCAGUCACC